CUUGGACUGCGAGGUGGUUGAGGACAGGGGACGUCUUUGUGUCCUCAGGUCCUAAUCACAGAGUCAGGCCUAGAGUAGUGGAAGCCCACCAUGUAAUUUUUGAUUGAAUGAAUGAACUUCAAACCCUAGGGACCAUCUGAGCAUCAGGCCGCUGGGUGGUUGAACAAGACGUCUUUGAGAUUCCACAGUUGGGAUUUUCAGCAAAAGGUUGAAAGGCAGGGUCUGGAAGUUGGAGUGCUGGCCAGUCCUGGCACAGCGGUGACCAGCUCUGGGAGCUUGGGCAGGUCACAGAACUAUUUCCUCUUUAGAGAAGACAAAGUGGAGGUUGGGGGCUUGAUGGGUCGUAGAACGCUGAAAUCAAACAAAAGCCCGUAGGGAGCCCGAACGUGCCAAACCAUGACAGCAGAGCCGCCAGGGCUGAAGACACGAAUGCAGAGUUUGAAUCCAGAUCCCAAAGCACAGUACACAAGUGUCUACGGAGCACUCAAGAAAAUCAUUCGGACUGAAGGCUUCUGGAGGCCGCUGCGAGGCCUCAACGUGAUGAUGAUGGGCGCAGGGCCGGCCCACGCCAUGUAUUUCGCCUGCUAUGAAAACAUGAAAAGGACUUUAAAUGCCGUUUUCCACCACCAAGGAAACAGCCAUCUAGCCAACGGGAUAGCUGGGAGUAUGGCCACCCUGCUCCACGAUGCGGUAAUGAAUCCAGCAGAAGUCGUGAAGCAACGCAUGCAGAUGUACGACUCGCCACACCGGUCGGCGCUCCGCUGCGUCUGGACGGUUUGGAGGACCGAGGGCUUGGGGGCCUUCUACCGGAGCUACACCACCCAGCUGACCAUGAACAUUCCCUUCCAGUCCAUCCACUUUAUCACCUACGAGUUCCUGCAGGAGCAGGUCAACCCUCACCGGGGCUACAACCCACAGUCCCACAUCAUCUCGGGCGGGCUGGCCGGGGCCCUGGCCGCAGCUGCCACCACCCCCCUGGACGUCUGCAAGACCCUCCUCAACACUCAGGAGAACAUGGCCCUCAACCUGGCCAACAUCAGUGGCCGGCUGUCGGGCAUGGCCAAUGCCUUCAGGAUGGUGUACCAGCUCAAUGGCCUACCCGGCUACUUCAAGGGCAUGCAGGCACGCGUCAUCUACCAGAUGCCCUCCACUGCCAUUUCCUGGUCUGUCUAUGAGUUCUUCAAGUACUUUCUCACCAAGCACAAGCUGGAGAAUCGAACUCCAUACUAAAUGAACAGGCUGUGGGCAGUGAUUCCAGAAUCUUUUAUUUUUAAAAGGCUUUCCCUGCCUGCUUCCAUUCCCUUGUCCUCACACCGAGAUUGUUUUGGCAGGGUGUUGGCAGGGUGGGCCCUCUGCUCCCUGAAGCCUGAGAGAGAGGGGACAAUGGGACAGCUGCUUACUGGAAGGCCGUCCACAGGGACGUCCGUGGUGGUAGGUGGGGGAAGACUUUGGAAGGGGAGUGAGGGACGACUUUUGCCGUCCCUCCCCUGACAGGAAUGUAGCUUUCUUGCCCCACUGUAGCAGUCUCCUGCCCUAUAAUCACAGCUCACACGGGAGGGGAGAAAAUGUGCAGUGACUGAAAACAUUAAAGAAAAAAAGAGAAUUCUGUAUAUAAAAGUUCUAGUAUACAGUACAAAAUAGAUGGAUAAUGUUUAUCCUUUAUUUUUCUAUGUAGAAGUUUUUGGGUGUGUGUGUGUGCGCGCGCAUGUGUGCAAAUAAGUGGUACAGCUAGGAAUAUCAAGCUGUUUAAAAAAAAAUAGAGGGCUGAAUUCUUCCAUUGGGUUAAGUAAAAAGGCACCAAAGUGAUAAAUUGCUGAAUGUGGCCUAAAAUUGUGUUAAGCCCCCAGAUGGAAGUUUCACUUGAAUGUAAAAUAAUAAAGUUUAUAUUUUGAAUUUC